AUGAACGAUCAAACGGGUAUGUUAAGCAAUCAGAUAAAUCCCGAAGUAUCGGACGAUCAAACAGGUUCUGCAAGUGUUAAACGGACAGCAGAAGUUUCUGCCGAUUCCAAAGGCGAAGCCAUCAUUCCGUCAAAGCGACCUCGUGGUCCAAAUACAUUUGACGAAAGCGCAGAGGAAAAUGAUGUCGAAACUGUCGUGAUCGACGACAAAUUUACUUCCCCUAACUCCCGUUGGGAGGCUCGUGAGGAACUGAGUACAUUUCUUGGUACUACUAACAAGCGAAUGAACAAAUUUGAUCGUAAGACUUUGGUAAAAUCAUACCCGCGACCAGAUGUCGACGAGGUUUACACGCCUGCCAUGGAUGACUUCUUGAAGCCAUUUAUUCAAGGCAUUAUGGCUCCUGAUAAACCCCACAAGGAUUUGCAGGACAAUAUCCUGGAUAUGUUUGGCCCACUUUGUACCAUAUACGAGAAUUUGUUGGCAAUGUUGGAUAGUAUUGGCAGUGAUGGGAUAAUUCAGAUGGAUAAGACAAGUGUCAAUAGUUUCUUAUCUUGUGUGAAGCAUGCUCUGCUUCUUGUGGGCGACGCGUCGGCUGGAAUUAGUGUUACCCGCAGAGAGUUAGUGUUGAAGAAGAUUAACCCUCUGAUGGCGUCUAUGGCCCAGGAGCAUUUCCCCGACGCAAAACGUCAGCUCUUUGGACCUGGGUUUGAGCAGAGGUUAAAGACCCAGUCAGAGACUGCGGAUACAAUUGCAAAGGCUUCCAAAGUGGCUACUGCUGGAAGUGUGAAACCGUUUUUUCGUGGGAUGGCCUUCAGGGGAAGACCAACAUCUCGUGGAGGCCGCCAGUUUCAAUCGACCAGACCAUUUCGCCCGUUCUUCCAACGAGGAGGGGUUUCAGAGGGGUUCCAGUAA